AUGGCAGCUCCCUUGCCCGACGGCCAACCCGGCAAGUCUGCCAGUCCCCUUCAGCGUCUCGACCUUGACGGCCACAACCUCCCACCGUCACCGGCGCCUUCGAGUCCUCGAAACGGAAGACGCCGCUAUGCUCUUGCGACUGAGCUAGUAUAUACCGAAGGAAAAGACCAAUAUGGCGCCUCCAGCACUCCAAUUUAUCAGUCUGCAACCUUCAAGCAGACCUCGGCCAGCGGCGGCCAGCAGGAAUACGACUACACAAGAUCCGGCAAUCCUACACGCACUCACCUCGAGCGCCACCUCGCCAAAAUCAUGAAUGCGAACCGCGCCCUAGCUGUCAGCUCUGGAAUGGGCGCUCUUGAUGUCAUCUCGCGACUUCUGCGUCCUGGUGACGAAGUUAUCACCGGCGACGAUCUCUAUGGUGGUACACAUCGAUUGCUCACGUAUCUGGCGACCAACCAGCAAAUCGUUGUAUACCACGUCGAUACAACAGACGUCAACGCCGUCAAGGCACGUCUCUCAGAAAAGACAACCAUGGUUCUCCUCGAGACCCCUACGAAUCCUCUUAUCAAAAUCGUUGACAUCCCAUCAAUCGCACGGCUGGCGCAUGAGGUCAACGAGAAAGCCCUGGUGGUGGUGGACAACACAAUGCUCUCCCCUAUGCUAUUCAACCCUCUAGACGUGGGUGCAGAUAUUGUAUACGAAUCGGGAACCAAAUACCUCUCUGGUCACCACGACAUCAUGGCCGGUGUGAUAGCAUGCAACGAUGCGGCAAUUGGCGAUAAACUAUACUUUACAAUCAACUCAACUGGCUGUGGAUUGUCGCCCAACGACUCAUUCCUCCUUAUGAGAGGAGUCAAGACGCUGGCUAUCCGGAUGGAAAAGCAGCAAACCAACGCACAGGCUAUUGCCGAGUUCCUAGAGUCGCAUGGUUUCCGAGUGCGGUACCCUGGUCUCAAAUCUCACCCGCAGUAUGAUCUGCAUUGGGCUACUGCCAGGGGCGCUGGCGCAGUCUUGUCGUUUGAGACGGGCGAUGCGGCCGUCUCACAGCGCAUCGUAGAGGCAACCCGUCUGUGGACCAUCAGUGUCAGCUUUGGAUGUGUUAACAGUCUCAUCAGCAUGCCCUGCCAGAUGAGCCAUGCCAGCAUCGACGCCAAAACCCGAAAGGAGCGACAGAUGCCCGAGGACCUCAUUCGCCUUUGUGUCGGUAUUGAGGAUGCUAAUGAUCUGAUAGAAGACCUGUCUCGCUCCCUUGUUCAAGCCGGGGCUGUAACCGUCACACUCGACGGCUUCCAUGCCAAUGAAUCAACCCAAUCGUUGUGA